AUUCUGGAUUCUCACAAUGAAGCUGAGGAAGCAGCUUUAUACAAUUGGCCGGUGCUAUUCGCACCGGCCCUGAAGCCCCACAAUAUCCACAGCCACCGAUCAUUAAUACUCAUGUCAUGGUUCGGCUCGCCUUAUCUGUGCGGUUCCGCCACGAAGAGUGGCGUAAAAUCUCACACGCACACGCCCAUCAUUGCCUAGGAUUCAAAUCAGCCUAAACGACCCUGAUAUUUCUUUUGCUAUGACUAUCAGUGAUGAACAGACGCCCCUCCUGAAGAAGCAUGAAGACGUACAUGAGCGUUUCACGAGAGGCAGGAAGAGAAGCAUCGUCGCGCUAGUUUCAUGGUGUGGGCUUCUACCCUUGUUCAUAUCUGGUUCUUUCUUUCCUUCCGUCCCGGGUAUCGCGCGAGAUUUGGAUUCUAGUGGACCAGUUAUUAGUCUUGCGGUCAGCUUGUCGGUUCUUGCAGCGAGCAUCGGUGCUCUAGCUGCUGCAUCAUAUUCAAGUUUCUAUGGGCGUCGUCCCGUAUACCUCGCCAGUCUUCCGUUGCUCUGCGUGGGGUCUUUAGGCGUUGCUCUAUCCCGAACAGUACCCCAACUUAUGGUUUGGCGAUUCCUGCAAACCUUUGGCGCUUCACCAGGCCUAUCCGUCGGUGCGGGAGUUAUCGGAGAUAUCUACAAGCUAGAAGAGAGAGGUGGAGCGAUGGGUAUUUUCUUCGGGGCAUGUCUCCUUGGCCCUGCAUUAGCACCAUUCGUCGGAGGCAUCGUAGCACAUUUCUUCUCAUGGCGGACGAUGCAGCUCACCCUGGGCGGGGCAGGACUUGGUGCAUUUAUCUGCAUGUGUCUGUUCUUCCCCGAGACGAGCCACCCAGGUGUGCGUGGUAUAGAUAAAAUCGAAGAAAAUUCAAAGGCGCGUUUCGUCUGGGUUAACCCAGCUCGUUCGCUCGCCCUCCUCCGCAGUCCCAACUUAGUAGCGGUGACUGUAGUAGGUCUAACGGUGCUAACAACGGAAUACGUUCUCCUAACAGCCUUACCAUAUACCAUUGGUGCUCGGUACAACAUAACGAACCAAGCGUAUCUGGGACUAUGCUUUAUCCCAAUAGGUUUAGGCAACUUGAUUGGCGCGCCGGCUGCAGGUCGAUUUUCCGACUAUAUCGUGAAACGAUACCGAAAGCGCCGGGGUGGAGAGUGGUAUCCCGAAGAUCGCCUGCGCGGCACUGUAAUAGGCGCAGGACUUUUCGUGCCGCUCUCUGUCUUGGGAUCUGGUCUAUUAACCAAGUACGUCCCCGGCAAGGUCGGGCUAAUAGCCAAUUUCGUGUGUUUUUUCUUGAAUGGGUUUGGUGUCGACUUGGUGCUUAGCCCUUCAGCGGCGUAUUGUGUAGAUAUGAUGCAUUCAAGGAGCGCGGAGAGCAUGGCAGCGAAUAAUGCAUUACGAUCUCUCUUUAUGUCCGUACUAAUCGCAGGGAUAUUACCCAUGGUUAAUACAGUUGGCGUGGUUGCCACAGACGCGAUCGCGGCUGCCUUUGCUUGGGUCGGAUUCCUUAUACUAUGGUUAACUAUCCAAUAUGGGGAUAGGAUGCGACAUUGGGUUGAUGUGGAAUAUUCGACAGUGCAAGAAAAUUAAUGCGGAAGAGUAUGGAUAGGGAUUUCCUGUAGCGCUGCUAUCGAGCAUU